CUAGUGCGCUAGUUAAUUCAUUUGACGAAACGUUCAGGUACAGCAAGCUGCUUCAGCUGCAAUGGCAGCCCCAUCUACAGACCGCCCAGUGAUAGUAACUGUGGGUACCGUAUGGAGGUUUCAAGUGAAACCCCCACCAACCAGACCCCCAAGACUAUCAGUUGCAGCAACAGGAGUACGGGCUGUCGUGAUUCUGGCACAAAUCAUCUUUGGUGCUGUGUAUUUCAAGGACUGCCCUCAGCAGCCCAACAUUCCCAACUUUCUGUUAGGACUGGCUUUGUUACAACUGCUAAUGAUACCAUAUGUGACUCUCCCCUGCGAGAGCCACGCAGCUCAGCCACGGGAGCACCCCAGAGGUUUCAAAGCGUGUCUGCUGUGUUUAAUAAGCCUGUUGAUAUUGACAUGGGUCCUGGCAGGUGGUGUGUGGGUCUUCUCAGUCUAUCAGCCCAACUAUGAUCCUACAGCUGCUGAUGGUCUUUACUGUGAUAAGACCCUGUACACAUUUGCUUUCUGGACCAUAGUGUUGGAGAUUAUGUGUUUUUUGGUCAUCCUUGCCAAAUUCUGCAAAGGACUGCUGUGUUAUGUGAAGAUGAGUCCUGCACCCGCAAACACUGACUUUUAUAGGAAUGCAUGAGGUAUGAAAGGUUAAUAUAAUUAUCUGCAUGCGUAAAAACACCCAAAGAUAUCCUACUUGUUUAUUGUUAUGGUUCUUUGUCAUAUCUGUUCAUUGUUUUUCUUUUCUCCCACUUUGUUUUUGACAAAUUGUUAUUUUCUAAAGUUAUUCCAUUCAGCAUUAGCUGUUCUGUCCUCAGAUGUGUAAACUUGUAAGUCUUAUUAACCAUAUGAAGUAUUUAUGUGCUUUUGUCUAAUUUGUUCAAUUUAACAUUUGUUUUUGAUGGAAUGUCACUUUUCAAUAAAUGUGUAUAUUGUUGAUUAAAGCGUGAAGUCUUGUGUAAAAUACAACAUCAUGAAAGCUGUGCAAAUUAAAAUAUUAUAAAAUUUG